GAAGAGGAUUCCAGUCUUGUGACCCACAGCAGUCCUUCUCCUGAAGAAAAUCCAGUUUUCUGUGCCGCCACCCCCACCAAAAACCAUGGAGAAGUUUGUGUCAGAAAAGCCUGUUCCUGUCUCUAAGAAUGGAAUCCCUACUCUUCCUUCCCAGAAGAAGCCAGAUACCAGCUCAUGCCCUCAUGCACCUGCCAAGUGUUUUCUCUCUGGUGGGGUGGACACUGAGAACUGCAAGGGCAGUGAGAAGGAGAGGCAGUGGAUCCGCCCUGACACACCCAGCAAAUGCACCUGGAAGCUCGGGAAGCCCCUCUCUGCCUCCCCCCAUCAUCAUGCCACCCUGCCAGAGCCUCCGAAGAUCCUGCCCAGCAUCCUGAAUAAAGUUGGCAACACACCUUUGGUGCGGAUCAACAAGAUUGGGAAGCACUUUGGGCUCAAGUGUGAACUCUUGGCCAAGUGUGAGUACUUCAACGCCGGGGGCAGCGUGAAGGACCGCAUCAGCCUCAGGAUGGUGGAGGAUGCUGAGAGAGCUGGGAUCCUGAAACCUGGGGACACCAUCAUUGAGCCAACCUCUGGGAACACGGGGAUCGGGCUGGCCCUGGCGGCGGCAGUGAAGGGUUACCGCUGCAUCAUCGUCAUGCCAGAGAAAAUGAGCAUGGAGAAGGUGGAUGUCCUGAGAGCUCUGGGUGCUGAGAUUGUGAGGACCCCAACUACAGCCAGAUUUGAUUCUCCUGAAUCUCACGUGGGAGUGGCCUGGAGGCUGAAGAAUGAAAUCCCCAACGCACACAUCCUGGACCAGUACCGCAAUGCCAGCAACCCCCUGACCCACUACGACACCACAGCUGAGGAGAUCCUGCAGCAGUGUGAUGGAAAGGUGGACAUGGUGGUGGCCACGGCUGGCACAGGAGGGACCAUCACUGGCAUCUCCAGGAAGCUGAAGGAGAAGUGUCCAGGCUGCAAAAUUAUAGGUGUGGAUCCUGAAGGCUCCAUCCUUGCUGAACCAGAAGAACUGAACAAGACUGACAAGACAAUGUAUGAAGUGGAAGGAAUUGGCUAUGAUUUUGUCCCCACAGUGUUGGAUAGAUCUACAGUGGACCAGUGGUACAAGAGCAAUGAUGAGGAGUCCUUUGCCCUGGCCCGGAUGAUGAUCCGCGAGGAGGGGCUGCUGUGUGGGGGCAGCUCGGGCAGUGCCAUGUCUGUGGCUGUGAAGGCAGCCAAGGAGCUGAAGGAGGGCCAGCGCUGUGUUGUUAUCUGCCCUGACUCCAUCAGGAACUACAUGUCCAAGUUCCUGAGUGACAAAUGGAUGAUUCAGAAAGGGUUCAUGAAAGAAGAAGACCUUGGCAACAAACCCUGGUGGUGGAACAUCAGCAUUCAGGAGCUGAGCCUCUCUGCCCCCCUGACUGUGCUUCCAACUGUUACCUGUGCCAAGACUGUGGAAAUCCUCCGGGAGAAGGGAUUCGACCAGGUACCAGUUGUUGAUGAAUCUGGGGUGAUCCUGGGCAUGGUUACCCUGGGUAACAUGCUUUCCUCACUGCUGGCUGGAAAAGUUAAGCCUUCUGAUGAAGUCAGAAAAGUCAUCUACAAGCAAUUUCAACAGAUUAACCUGAAAGACAACUUGGGGAAACUCUCUCACAUCCUGGAAAUAGACCAUUUUGCUCUGGUGGUUCAUGAGCAAAUUCAAUAUCACACGGAUGGCUCCUCCAGCAAGCGGCAGAUGGUGUUUGGCAUCGUGACAGCCAUCGACCUCCUGAACUUCGUCACCGCACGCGAGAGGGAGAGGAAAUCCAACUAAAGCCAGCAGCAGCCUGGAGCCUGCUCAGCAUCCUGCAGCCUCAAACAAAGAAUCAGGGUCAUGUCUUAACUAGAAUGGUUUUUUUCCUUUUAUUUUUUCUCCUUUUUUUUUUUAAUUCUGAAAAUAAGUAGUUUGCCGUCCUGCUGUCAGCUCUCCAGCCAAUAUGUCUUGCUGUAUUGCCCAGCUUCUGGGAUCUUGUUUCUUAAUCAGGCUAAGCAAUAUUUCUUAUCAAGACAAUUUAUUUUUUUACCUCUAUAUAUAUAUAUGUGUAUGUGUAAAAAAUGUUGCCUAAAUUAAGUGGUUUGUUCCUUACUCGUUGUGUCUAAAGGCUGGCUUUCCAAAAUAUUGUUUCAGAAUCAUAAAAUGUGUUGAAAUAAAGAGUUAUUGAAGCAGAGGUCCAAGAGAGCUCUGGAAAGUUC